GAGGCUCAGUGAGUCUGGUCCGGGUCUCCAGUCCCGGUAUCGAUCCGGUUCUCUGAUGUGAGACUCCAGCAGCUCAGCGGCCAGCAGGAGAUAUGAGAGCCGGCAGCCCGCUGCUGUCUGCGGGCAGGAGGAGGAGGAGCAGCCGCCGGAGCCUCCGCUGCUCUCCGCGGGGCUUCCCCCGGAACAAGAGCCCGGCGGCGGCGGCGGCGGAGGACCCGCGGGUCCCGGUGCUCCUGCUGCAGGACAUGAACCUGUGUUACCGGCUGCUGCGGGAGCUGGUUCCGGGUCCGGUCCGGUCCGCCAGCAGGGUGGAGAUCCUGCAGCACGUCAUCGACUACAUCCUGGACCUGCAGACCGAGCUGGACGCGGACAGCGGGGAGCCGCUCCACCGUGACCGGCCGCAGCAGCUCCUACAGCGGCCACAGAGCGGCCAGAGCCCCGGUACCCAGUACCAGCAGACCAGCCAGGUCCCUGAAACGGACCCUGAGGUUGAGGAGAGCCGGACUCUGCUGCACUGAGACAGUGUCUGAGGAGAGGACCUCGGCAGGUUCUUCUUCACGUUCACUCAGUUUGAGUCUCAGAGACGUUCGUUGACUCCACCGACGUCUGGAACCGGCAUGUUGGGAGGGUUCUGGAUUCUGUCGGGAUCUGGACUCUGGAUCUGGACUCUGGAUCUACUGCGUUCAAUCAGGCUGCUAAAAAUCUGUGUUUUUAACAUUAAGUCUGGUUCAGGUGAAACAACUUGAGACGUGAACAGGACGUCAGAGCUCCUUUCACUUCCUGUCUGUUUAUCCACUCACCCUCAUCCUCCUCCUCCUCCUCCUCAUCCUCACCCUCAUCCUCCUCCUCAUCCUCACCCUCAUCCUCCUCCUCAUCCUCACCCUCCUCCUCCUCCUCACCCUCACCCUCACCCUCAUCCUCAUCCUCACCCUCCUCCUCCUCCUCAUCCUCACCCUCACCCUCAUCCUCAUCCUCCUCCUCCUCCUCCUCACCCUCACCCUCCUCCUCCCCCUCCUCCUCCUCACCCUCAUCCUCACCCUCCGCACCCUCAUCC